CGGUCUUUUCUUUUAUUAGACAAAAUUGAUUUUUAGUAUCUGAACAUAUUUCAAGUGUCACUGUCAGCAUGCACGUCGCUAGAAGCAAGAUAAAACAACAUAUGUAGUGAUGUUAUCCAGAGUAUAAAAACAUUCUACCAGAAGAGAAUGAUAAUAGUAACGCUACCUGCUGAUAUCCAUAUAGUGUGUGUGCUUAAUUAUCCAAUUAUGUAUCUUCGCACUUUCUAUAAAUAAGCCUCCCAAAGACUGUCUUUGUUAGGUGAAGAAAAUUUAGAAAAAUAAGCAUAGAAAACUCAAAUUAUUUGAAAGUUUUUGUGCUAAAUAUAGUGAAAAACAAUUAGACUAUUCAAAACUAGUCUUUUCACACAUUUCUUUUUCUUGUGUCACGUUUUCUUGAAAAUUGUACCACAAGGUUUUUAGUGCAACUUUUCUAAAUGGCAAUACUAUCUGAGUUGAUAUCAGUUUACAAUCAGUCAUAUAAUUCAGUAAUAACUAAUUAUUGAGAGAGUGAAUGACUAACUUAUGAACAUUUCGCCCUGUGUUUAUAUCAUAUGAAGAUAAUCUUUGGUCGAAUUUCUUGAAAAAUCGCAGUUAUCUACUAGCCCCAUCAAAUAUCUACUAGCCCUAUUAAAUAUAUGCUAGUCCCAUCAAAUGAGCCCCAUGUUCUUCAAUAAAGCGAUGAGGUACUACAGGUUCUGGAUCUACUCCUGUAACCUGGCUCUUCUCCUUAGCGUUAUCAUCUUUGUCUCUUUAGCAGCUUGGACUUUUUCCGAUUACCGAAUGUCAUUUUUUCCCACCAUCCGCCUACAUCAUCCCACUUUCAUCUACGCUUAUUUGGCUCUGAUUCUUCAAGGAGGCAUUCUUCAAGCUGUGGGAUGCUUGGGUGCUUUGAAGCUGAACGAGCGCCUACUGAACAUAUAUUGGUCCCUCAUGCUGAUGCUACUUGUAGGUGACGUCAUCAUGGGUUUCGUGUGGAUCUUCCAUUACAACCAUAUCGCCAGCCACUUACUAAGCGACCUGAGAACGAGAUUACAAACCGAAUAUGGGAACAGUGCCGAGUACCAGAGUCUUUGGGAUCGCAUUCAGCGGGAAGAACACUGUUGUGGUGUAAACGAACCACAGGACUUUAAUUUAUCUUUAUGGAUUUCAGGACAACGACGUGAUUUUUCGCGACAUUACCAGAUGGUGCCACUGAGCUGUUGUAAAAAUCAGUCGGGAGUAUCUGACAUAGAGAAUGUUCUCGUGAAUCACACGUGGUACGCUCGUAGCUACACGUUAGACAAUGUGUAUCAAGAUGGUUGUUAUGAGGCGUUAUUUGUUUGGUUUCAACACAGUGCAGACAUGUUGUCGGUGCUGGGAUUCUGUGUUAUUGCCUUCCUUAAAGUGUGCUUUUUAGGAAUUUUGCGAUACGAGAUCCGAGAAAUGAUCCAAAAGAUCAAGAUCCUAAAGGAGAUCGACGAAACCUCAUCGACACUUGCCACAGAAUCCCACAUCCACAUUCCAGGGUCAUCCUAUCAGAAUGACACCUGUUGUCCCGAUAUUCGCACGGGAAAUCACGUGACUUCGAACAACAAUCAUGUGACGUCAGAAAUACCAUCCAAAGAUAAAGCCACGAACGGAAAUAACAAUGACACCGAACAUCCCCUUAAGUGAUUGCGAAUCCUAGUUUAAGUAAUCAAAGUAAGUAAGCAAAGUACGCAUAGAGAAUAUAGGGAACUUCUUCUGAGUUAGUAAUAAAUGUAAUUGCUUCAGACACUUUUUGUUGAGACUGCUUCGUUCUACAAUUAUUCUCCGAUAACUGAAGUGCACGAAAAGUGUAACACUUAAAACUCUAACUUCAAGCAAUGUUAAGACUUAAAACUAAAAUGAAUUUUUGUACACUCAAACAUGGUAAAUAUCGCUAUCAUUUCGCGUAGAUGUAAAUAGAGAUAUUUAUUUUUCAAAACUAUGUGUGUAUAUGAUACUUAAUCCCCAUAUCGUUCUACUCAUGUAAAUGCUUUAUGUAACGAAGCGUACCUCAUGUAACAAGAUUUGCAUUAUUAGAAACAUUUUAAAAUCAAAAGUGUUAAUUACUGUCUGUAGUUAUGCUAAUUGUGACGUAUAAUUAUUGUCUUUUGCUGAACUGUAUCACUUGGUGUUUCGAAAAUUCAUUUCGAAAAAGACACACACACACACACAAAAGAUUUUUGUGAAUUUAGUUAAUAUUAGAUCAUGCGAAGUUAAAUUAAUUGUAGAUUGAUAGAUAUAACUAUAUUUAGAUAUAGCCUAUCAAGAUGAGCUUCAGUAGCGCCUUCUGUCAAGAAAAAUCAUUAUCAAAUAAAAUAUUUUUUAUUUAUUUGCAAAUUAUAUAUAUAUAUAUAUACAUACAUAGAUAUAUUUCUUUUGUACUUUCAAUUACGACUUCUCAAGUUGAAUUGUAUUUCGCAGGUCAGCCAUUGAAGUUAAAACGCAUGUUCAAUUUAACUUUGUGACAAAGUUUCGAUUUUUUUAACAGUAUUUCAAAUCGAUAGUCUUUCAGCUUAAACAAAGAUAGACUUUACGGGAAACCUAAGCUAUCUUACAUAGCAAUCUUAGUGUACUUUGAUAACGUCCGUUCUCAAUUUUAGUUCCUCAGUCAUGUGUAACAACAAUAAAUAUAUCACUAGUUGGGAGCAAUAUUUCAAAUAUAAAAUUACGAUAUAGAUAAAAUUACAUAUAGUUGAAAAGCACUUCUAAGAUGGCACAGUGCAUUGGCUCUCUGAUUUUAAGUUGAGCAGAACCAACUGUUUAGCAACUAUGCGUUAGGUUUAAGUAACUAAAUUCUUCAUCAAGUGAUGUAUUGAAAUAAUAACGUAGUUAUAAGACUGACAGUCAAUAGUGUUCUUCAGCUUCUGAUGUCAAAACGCCACCUUGAGGAAGCCGUAAUUUGUUUAAUUUAUAAAUUGGUUUUGUGAGUAUAACAGAAAACGUGAAAUGUCAUAGAAGAGGCUAUGACGUCUUUCAGCAACUUCUUAAACAUUUUCAUAAUGUUCUUUCAAUAAAUAAACUAAAUUUGUUUUAUAAUUUAUCAGCAGAUAGCCUCUGAGAAACUAGUUAUUUUUACUGAGUGAAUUUGUUGUUAUUUAUGUAUAUAGAGCUAUAUAAGUAUAUAAACCGAUACCAGUAUUAACAGCAGUCGAUCAGCAUAAUUUAUUAAGUAUAGAAUUUCUUAUAUAAAAAUAAUACUCUCGCAUAACGAUUGUUAUAGUGAGAUACUGGUUCUUAUGUAUAGCUUACGUUUUCGUUUCAAAGUAAUAAUAUGUUUGUAUCAACUUGUUCUGAAAUGUAUUUUGAAAGAAGAAACAUUUGCUUUUAGUAGUGUUACGGCUAUAAGGUUUUUCUAUACACGCCCUCUAUGAUAUGAAAAC